CGGAGCCUGGUCACUAGGCCUGGUGUCUUGUCCAAGGCCUGGUAGCACGAAAGCCGGCUCUAGAAUCCGGAGUAGAGACGCCCGUGGCCUCAGAGACGCGGUCGGUGGACCUGACUGGAGGCGACGCCGUUACCUCAGCAAUCGUUUUUUGACCUUAUAUUCCAGAGGAAGUUCCUGGUGUGAUCUGUGGCGGCGGUAACGGCACGGCCCCGAAGACGGAAUUCCCAAAAGAUCAAGGCCAGACCUUGUGCUCUGGCAGCAGGGUGGUAUGAGAAAUGAAGGCAAUGGGUACAGACCCAAGGAUCUUAUCUCUAGCUGCUGAAGUUGCAAUAAGUCCUGAGCAGAAUGUCCCUGUUAUACUGUUGAAGUUAAAAGAAAUAAUAAACAACACACCUUUUGGAAGCUCAGAGUUGAAGAAAGUCAAACAAGAUAUAUAUUGUUAUGAUCUCAUUCGGUAUUGCCUCUUGGUCCUCAGUCAAGAUUGUUCUCGAAUCCAGGGUGGUUGGACUACAAUUUCCCAGCUUACACAGAUACUAAGCCAUUGCUGUGUGGGCUUGGAACCAGGAGAAGAUGCAGAGGAAUUUUACAAUGAAUUACUUCCAUCAGCUGCAGAAAAUUUUCUGGUUUUGGGGAGGCAAUUGCAAACAUGUUUCAUCAACGCAGCUAAGGGUGAAGAAAAAGAUGCAUUACUACACUUUUUUGAAAUUGUGACUGAUUCUCUCUUCUGGCUAUUGGGAGGACAUGUUCAACUCAUCCAGAAUGUACUGCGAAGUGAUCAUUUCUUGCACUUACUACAAACUGACAAUGUUCAGGUAGGAUCUACGGUCAUGACCAUGCUACAGAACAUACUACAGAUCAGCAGUGGUGAUUUACUCAGAAUAGAAGGGAAAACCCUGCAUUCAAUUUUAGAUGAAGUUGUUUUCAAACUUUUAUCAACUCCUAGUCCAGUCAUAAGAAGUACUGCUACAAGGCUCCUACUGUUGAUGGCUGAAUCCCAUCAGGAAAUUUUGAUUUUACUGAGACUAAGUGCCUGCUACAAAGGACUCAGAAGUCUACUAAAUAAACAAGAGCCUGGGACAGAGUUUAGUCAAGAACUUAGACAGCUCAUUGGUCUUUUAAGCCCUAAGGUCUAUCAGGAAGUAGAAGAGCAGAAACUGCAUCAAGCAGCUUGCUUGAUUCAAGCUUAUUGGAAGGGUUUCCAGACUAGAAAGAGAUUAAAGAAGCUUCCAUCUGCUGUGAUUACUUUGCAGAGGAGUUUCAGAUCUAAACGAACAAAGAUGUUACUGAAGCUAAGUAGACAGAAGGAAGAAGAGGACCGCAGAUUACAACUGCAACUUCAAAGGCAGAGAGCCAUGAGACUUUCCCGAGAAUUACGGCUGAGUAUGCUUGAAAUAGUUCAUCCAGGUCAGGUGGAAAAACAUAAUCGGGAAAUAGAAGAGAAAUCAGCAUUGAUUAUCCAGAAACACUGGAGAGGGUACAGGGAAAGGAAGAAUUUUUGCCAACAGAGGCCAUCUCUUGUGGAGUAUAAAGCAGCUGUCACACUUCAGAGAGCAGCUCUUAAAUUCCUAGCAAAGUGCCGUAAGAAAAAGAAACUAUUUGCUCCUUGGCAAGGACUCAGAGAACUCACUGAUGCAUGCAGAGUUGAACUGAAGCAACAAGUGGAUGACUAUAUCAGAAGACAUCCAGGCUCUGAGGUAUCAGGUGUGAUCAACAGGGAGCUCCAUUCCCAAGCACAAGAACGACUGCAACACUACUUCAUGGGCAGGGCUCUAGAAGAGAGAGCCCAACAGCACAGGGAGGCACUGACAGCUCGGAUCAACACCAACAUUGAACAGUUGAUGAAAGCACCAAGUCUGAAGGAGGCAGAAGGAAAAGAACCUGAGCUCUUCCUAAGCAGAUCCAGGCCUGUGGCAGCCAAGGCCAAGCAGGCCCAUCUUAACACCCUGAAGCAUAUACAAGCACCCUGGUGGAAGAAGCUUGGGGAAGAAGCAAGAGAUGAGAUUGAUAUCCCAAAGGAUGAACUUAGUAUAGAAUUAGGAACUUUAUUCAUUGGUGGAACAAAACCCCCUUAAGGGAGUUACCUGGAGGAAUGACAAAUUAUAUUUCAAGAGAUUAUAUUGGUCUGCCUCUGACAUGCUAGUAGACUAGCGUUAUCCUAACUCAUGGUUUUCCAGAGGUUCCUCUCCAAACAAGACUUGAAGGCAGUAAGCAGAGUUAUCUUCUACCUCGAUUUCAGUUCUUUUUCUUUUUCCAUACUUCCAUCCUUGGCCACACAUAAUAAUUGGUAUGGCUUUUAUUAUGGAACUAAACUCAGCAUUGUAUUUAUUGCAUAUAUGAAAUGUGAUAUUUCUAUUUUUGUUUCUGCUGUUUUCCAACUAAAGGUGUUUUCUAAAUAAAUAUUUUCAACAAUUGUUCUGAAAAACUUGUCAGGGUUACUUCAGCUUUUCACGUUUAUUGAUUUUUCUAUUAAUAUAGGAAAUGUGCUCUUGGCAUUUAUUACGGUGAGGAAAAGAAGUGGUCAUUUGAAAGACAUUUGACUAUUUUCUACCAAACAGUGUUUGAACUCAGUUUCUAUCUUGUUAUUUCUAAAAGGAACUACAUUAAAAAGUCCUCCUAGGAUUCAGUGCAAGAAAAAUUUCUCCUGAUAAAACUGCAUUCUUUCUAUUAAACUAAGAGAACUGUAUAACCCACUAUUUGCGUUUUGAUUUGUCUGUUAGGAAUCUCAGAGCUAAAACAAUGCUUACUUUCUGUUAGGAUUCUCAAUACCUACAUGAUUAUUUGGUUCCAAUCUAAUAAUUUCUGAUUUUCCUGUUUAUCUUUAACUGUGUUUUAAUACCAGAAGCCACCUCUAUUUGUGUUUGUGAUAAUAUGGAAUUUAAGUUAAAAUCAAUUAAAUCAUUGACUC